AAAACCAAUUCAGUGGCCUAAAAGGAGGAGGAAGAGGGGAAAAGGAAGCUGUUACAAUUUCCUUCAAUCCCUCUCCCUCUGCCCCUGUCACUCUGUGUAUUGAGAAACCAUCAAAACAACAUAGUUAUGUUAUCAUCACUGCCUAAAACCAUGAUUAGUUUCUCAAUGAUCUUAGCAUUUCUCUUAUCAAUGGUGGUACAAGAUUCAACUUGCCUCAGUGAAGAACACAUAGACCUGUCUCAUUUCAGGAACAAACUUAUAAGGCACAGAGUGGGAAUUCCCUUGUCCCAAGCACCUUUUACAUCAGCACCUUCACCUUCAGAGACAGCAAGGAGAGGCAGAGUGGUGAACCCAAUUGGGUAUGGUGCAGAUCCUACAGGGGCAGAUGACAGCAGUGAUGCUAUUCUGAAAGCUAUAGCAGAAGGUUUUGCAAUAGGGAGGAGUGAUGAGUUUCAUGAGCUGGUGGCAGGAGUGAGAGACCUUGGAGGGGUUGUGAUUGAUUUGCAAGGUGGAAACUACAAAAUCAGCAAACCCAUCACUUUUCCUUCCUAUGUAGGCAAUGUUGUGGUACAAGGAGGAACCUUAAGAGCUUCUGAUAAAUUUCCUCCUGAUCGCCAUCUUGUUGAGUUAUCAGCAUCAAAUUCCCAUAACCUCCAAGAACCGGCAGCAUCCAUCCACCGCCAUCAUCAUCAUGGUUUCAACAGCAAGAAACUUCAGCAAAACAUAGGGAUUUACUAUGAAGACAUAACAUUUCGUGACAUCUUCUUCGAUUCGAGCUACAGGGGAGGAGGGAUCCUCAUUGUUGAUUCUGCUAGAGUAAGAAUCACCAACUGCUUCUUCCUCCACUUCACCACAGAAGGGAUUCAAGUUCAACGCGGUCACGAGACCUACAUAUCAAGCACUUUCCUCGGGCAACACUCAACAGUUGGUGGAGAUAAAGGGGAGAGAGAAUUCUCAGGCACUGCCAUUGAUCUUGCUAGCAAUGACAACGCAAUCACUGAUGUGUCAAUUUUCUCUGCUGCCAUUGGGAUUGUGUUAAGGGGACAAGCCAACAUGAUCACAGGGGUGCACUGUUACAACAAGGCAACAGCCUUUGGUGGCAUUGGGAUUUUGGUGAAAUUAGCAGGGUAUUCACAAACCAGAAUUGACAAUUGUUACAUGGAUUAUACAGGUAUUGUCAUGGAAGAUCCUGUUCAAGUUCAUGUUACCAAUGGAUUCUUCUUAGGGGGUGCUAAUAUUGUUUUGAAGUCCAUUAAGGGAAAAGUUUCUGGUUUAAACAUUGUAGAUAACAUGUUCAGUGGGAAGUGGAACCAGGUACCGAUUGUUGCUCUUGAUGGGCAAUUCAGUAGCAUUGACCAAGUGGUGAUUGAUAGGAACAAUGUGUAUGGUAGCAUGAGUUUGAGAUCAACGGUUUCCAAGUUGACUGUGGCUGGAAAUGGCUCAAAAUGGGUGGCUGAUUUUUCAAAUGUUUUGGUGUUUCCUAAUCGGAUUAGUCAUUUUCAGUAUUCAUUUUACUCUCAGGGGGAGCCUAAGUUCUUGGCACAUUCAGUGACCAAUGUGUCAAAUAAUGUUGUGGUGGUGGAAAGUGAGAAACAAGUUCAAGGGGUUGUUUCAUUCUUUAUUGAACAAUGAGUUAUUAUGAGGGGGUUUUCAGCAUUGUCUAUCUAUCUGAUAUGUAAAAUUUUGUGAUUCAGAAAGAAAGGAAAGUUAAUAUUCAUUGAGCUAAUCACCAAUCUUAUAUAUGAAUGACUUAAAUUGAAUAAUUCCAAGUUCCUGACUCCCAAACUCUUUCUUCAGUUGACAUAUCU